GCACUGGUAGGUUAAAUAAUUGCGAUUGAAAAUGGCGGCAUCCAAACGAAAGCCUGAUAACCAAAUACCGGAUGAGGAAUCUGAUUUGCUGACGAUAAGGCCACUUGGAGGAGGCCAAGAAGUGGGAAGAUCAUGCAUAGUACUGGAGUUCAAAGGGAAGAAAAUUAUGCUGGACUGUGGCAUACAUCCAGGCUUAUCGGGUGUUGAUGCAUUACCAUAUACUGAUCUUGUUGAGGCGGAGGAGAUAGAUCUUUUGCUGAUUAGUCAUUUCCAUUUAGACCAUUGUGGAGCAUUGCCCUGGUAUCUUAUGAAGACAACGUUUCGGGGACGCUGCUUCAUGACACAUGCUACUAAAGCCAUUUAUAGAUGGCUUCUCUCCGAUUACAUAAAAGUCAGCAACAUCGCUACAGAAGCAAUGCUUUAUACAGAGGAUGACUUGGAGAAGAGUAUGGAUAAAAUCGAAACCCUAAACUUUCAUCAAGAAAAAGAAGUGAGUGGAAUAAAAUUCUGGUGUUACAAUGCAGGUCAUGUGUUGGGAGCUGCCAUGUUUAUGAUUGAGAUAGCUGGUGUUAAGAUUCUCUACACAGGAGACUUUUCUCGGGUUGAAGACAGACAUUUAAUGGCAGCUGAGAUUCCAAAUAUACAGCCAGACGUUCUUAUUAUUGAGUCGACGUAUGGCACUCACAUACAUGAGCCACGUGAGGAGAGAGAGGCUCGGUUCACGGGCCUCGUUCACGAUAUCGUCAGCCGCGGUGGACGCUGCCUCAUUCCCGUCUUUGCACUCGGCCGGGCACAGGAGCUGCUACUCAUUCUAGAUGAGUAUUGGACAAAUCACCCAGAGCUGCAUGAUGUACCUAUCUACUAUGCCUCGUCACUUGCCAAGAAGUGCAUGAGUGUUUACCAGACCUACAUCCAUGCAAUGAACGAGAAAAUACGGCGUCAGAUUGCUAUCAACAAUCCUUUCAUGUUCAAGCACAUAUCAAAUCUGCGGGGCAUGGAUCACUUUGAGGAUAUCGGCCCAUCCGUUGUGAUGGCUUCACCAGGAAUGAUGCAGUCAGGGCUGUCAAGGGAACUGUUUGAAAUGUGGUGCACAGACAAGAGAAAUGGCUGCAUCAUUGCUGGCUACUGCGUAGAAGGCACCCUGGCAAAGUACAUCCUAUCUGAACCAGAGGAGAUACCGACCAUGACUGGGAACAAGUUGCCAUUAAAGUGCUCUGUCGAUUACAUCUCCUUCUCAGCACACACUGAUUACCAGCAGACCAGCGAAUUUAUCCGAGCAAUGAAGGCUCCACAUCUGGUGCUGGUGCACGGUGAGAUGAAUGAGAUGGGACGGUUAAAGGCCGCAAUUAUACGCGAGUACGAGGAUGACACAGAAAUCAACGUGGAGGUGCACAACCCACGUAACACACAGGCUGUAGAGCUCUACUUCCGGGGAGAAAAGAUGGCAAAGGUGAUGGGAAAACUAGCUCUAGAGAAGCCCAAACAUGGACAAAGAGUGUCUGGUGUUUUGGUGAAAAAGAACUUUAGCUACCAUUUACUCGAUCCUGCUGACCUUGCAAUGAAUUUGAAAGCAACCAAUGAGCUACUUUUCAUGACCUUGCCAUGUUGUUUGCUUGCAGACAUGCUGUCGACACCUAUGAAAGUCGACCGAAUGCACUUCAAGGAAUGCCUCAUCGAACUGCUGGCAGACAUGUUUGGUAAUGAGUGCCUAAGUAAAGUCUACAAGGCCGACAGGACACAGAUAACUGUAGAUGGGAAGACGGCCACCAUUGAUCUCGACACAUUGGAGGUCACGUGUAAAGAAGACGACGGACUACAGCAGAUGGUGCAGACGGCUGUCACCAAGCUGCACCAGUCCGUUACACCACUUACAGUAUAGCAGUGGCUGCCCUCUAGCCCGCUACCACACCAACGCACGCGGAGCAGUUAUAAUUAACUGUUAAGCAUCUCCCCAGAAACAGAUGCAGUUAGUCACAGUCGAAAACUAUUUUCAUGUCGUCAGUGGAUUUGUGUGAUAUGAUAGUUGGCCAUCUAAUCACCUGGGCAAAGUUCUGUGGAUUGAAACGCUGUCCACUAACUCCUCAUUAAUAAGUAACUAAAGUGCCAGUAGUAGUAGUAGUAGUGCGUUUUGCCAUGUGUAAAGCAUAGACGCGCUGAAGCCAACCGAAGCUGCUUCCAUUUAUCGACCAACAAACUUAUGGAUUGCUUGCAAUCACGUGACCAGCAAUUGUGACCGGUGACACGUCACAGAUUUCCCGUGCUUCAUGACCUCAUGGGUUCUAAUUGCUUUUAAUGUUCAAUGAACCUCUCUUACUUGAGCAUUACUUAGUUGCCUAUUAAUGGAAGCUCCAUAUAUAUUCCCUGUUUUUCCCAGUCUACUAUUUCUGAGAAGGUAGCCUACUUAUCUUGACUAUCCGUGCUAAAUAAAAGCACUGUGAUAAACCAAGCUAUUGUUAACAGUCCUCCAAUUUACGUGAUCAUGUAUGUAUAAACUAUUUUGUAAAAAAAUAUGGAAAAUAAAACAAGAAACAAAUUUAAUAGCAA